CAGUCCGCCGCUGCCUCCCUCCGCCGGCGCGCUCGGGCCGCCGCCGCGCUCCCCGCCCUCGAGCCGCCGAGCCGCAGCCGCCCGCCGCCCGCGGAGGCGGCGGAGGAGCCGGAGGGGCCCGCCGAGGCGGCGGCGGCGGCGGCGGCGGCAAGAUGGCGGACUUCCUGCCGUCGCGGUCGGUGCUGUCGGUGUGCUUCCCGGGCUGCGUGCUGACGAGCGGUGAGGCCGAGCAGCAGCGCAAGUCCAAGGAGAUCGACAAGUGCCUGUCGCGGGAGAAGACCUACGUGAAGCGGCUCGUCAAGAUCCUGCUGCUGGGCGCGGGCGAGAGCGGCAAGUCCACCUUCCUCAAGCAGAUGCGCAUCAUCCACGGGCAGGACUUCGACCAGCGCGCGCGCGAGGAGUUCCGCCCCACCAUCUACAGCAACGUGAUCAAAGGUAUGAGGGUGCUGGUAGAUGCUCGAGAGAAGCUUCACAUUCCUUGGGGGGAUAACUCAAACCAACUCAGUGGAGACAAGCUGAUGUCGUUUGACACACGAACCCCCUUGACGGUCCAGGGCAUCGUGGAAACUCAAGUCUUUUUACAAUAUCUUCCUGCUCUAAGAGCAUUGUGGGCAGACAGUGGCAUACAGAAUGCCUAUGACCGGCGUCGAGAAUUUCAAUUGGGUGAAUCUGUAAAAUAUUUCCUGGACAACUUGGAUAAACUUGGAGAACCAGAUUAUAUUCCGUCGCAGCAAGACAUCCUGCUCGCCAGAAGACCCACCAAAGGCAUUCACGAGUAUGACUUUGAAAUUAAAAACGUCCCUUUCAAAAUGGUUGACGUAGGUGGUCAGAGGUCAGAAAGAAAACGUUGGUUUGAGUGCUUUGACAGCGUGACGUCGAUCCUUUUCCUUGUUUCCUCGAGUGAGUUUGACCAGGUGCUGAUGGAAGACCGCCUGACCAAUCGCCUGACCGAGUCCCUGAACAUUUUUGAAACCAUCGUCAACAACCGGGUUUUCAGCAAUGUCUCCAUAAUUCUCUUCUUGAACAAGACAGAUUUGCUUGAGGAGAAGGUGCAGGUUGUGAGCAUCAAGGACUACUUCCUAGAAUUUGAAGGGGACCCCCACUGCUUAAGAGACGUCCAAAAGUUCCUGGUGGAAUGUUUCCGGAACAAGCGCCGGGACCAGCAGCAGAAGCCCCUGUACCACCACUUCACCACGGCCAUCAACACGGAGAACAUCCGCCUCGUCUUCCGCGACGUGAAGGACACCAUCCUUCACGACAACCUCAAGCAGCUCAUGCUCCAGUGAUGUCCGGGAGACUGGCUGGCUUCACACCUUUCUGUCUUUCUGAUUGUUUUCAGUUUGUUUUGUUUUCUAAAAUAGAAGUUUACAACAGGAGUUAGAAAAAUCUUGAUUCUGUGUUUAACUUCUUGGACGUCUCAGCCCUCCUCCUGCGGCCUCUGGUUGUGGCUGAGAGCUGCCGAGCAGCACGGCCGGUACCUGCCGGGGCGCGGCCCUCAUCGCGUUCGCUCCGGCUUCCUUUAGAGCGGAGGCCUCUCCUGCCAGCCCUCAGACGGGGUGUCCUUCAGCCUUUACAUGCAUCCACUUUUCAAACCGAAUUCUCCUGUAGUGCCAAGUAUAGAAGGUGUCCUUAACGUUUGUAGGUGUGAGGUUAAGAACGUUCAGUUCUAGGACACAUAGCAUGCCUUUUGUUCGCCCCACAGGUAGCAGCCACGCUUGUGCCCAGCUUUAUGGCUUGAAAGGGCCGCUGGAAAAACGUUUGCUCUACGGAACGGCUUUCUGUAGAUGCCCCCGGAUUUGGCCUGCAUGGUUUUCUCACUGCUGGUAUACACAGCAGUUGUUCUGUUUUUUAAAAUCUCUGUGGUUUCUGAAGGCAAUAUUCUGGCCUGUUUUAAGGUUUACAGAAGGAUCUCUGGUCUGAUGAUUAGGAAAACUCACAAGUGGUCCCGGGAGCACAGGGCAGGUCCUCGCCAUCCACAGUGUUCUGAUCCACGGUCGUGAGUGAAAUGUAACUUACCCUCUUCCUAGUUCAAUGUCAUGGAAUCGGAGUGCCAUGCAGGACACAUUCUGGCCACAGCAGCAACUAAAACGUGCCAGCCACCUGGAAACAGGACUUUCUGAAUAAAUAGACCCUUCCCCAAGAAUACGUGCUUUCCUCCCAGACUCUGAAAUGCUGUCCCAGGUGAUGUGGGUCCUCACGGUGGGGUCACUGCUGCACCUUCACAGACAUCGUUCUCUCACUCUCCGGUCUCUUCCCGUCAACUCCAGAACGUGGCAUUUAUAGGAUUUGGGGGUUUUUUUUGUUUUUUUUUUUGGAGCUUGCCAAGGGCAGUUUUUUCCUGUCAGACUGUUCAGGAAGGCAUUAUUUGAGAUUCUUAUUCUUGGUGUGUCUCUUAAGAGUAUGUAUAUCCUUGCAACAUUACUGUUUAUGAAAUUCCAGCUUUAUUGAGAUACAUUUUGAAGGUUUCAAGGAUACUUCCAAGAAUUAGUAAUUUUUUUAGUUCAUACUGAAAGGUGAUUACAUUUGACCUCUCCCAUCACCUACCCAAUUAAAACGUACCCAUGAAGUAGCUGUGCGGUUACAGAUUCGUUCACAGUGACCUCCUGGAGUGGCUGGUUUGCAGUACUGAGAACACCGCCCUCAGGUUACUCGUCGUGUCAGAACCGGGUGAGAAAAGCAGACGACAGGGCUGGUGACAGUUUGGAAAGUCCGACGGCUUUUCUCCCUUUCCUGAAGUUUGUGCUUAAGACUGUGGGAUCUGUCGCUCUCCUGUGUAGCUGACUGUGUUCUCAGGUAUGUGAGUGGCUAGAAAGCCCGUGAAGGUCGCCCAGCCUCUCCAGGCCAGUGGCCGUCCAGUGAGAAGAGGCCUUGGCAGUGGGCGGACCAGGGCCUGCCCUCGAUGUUCCUGACUUCUCUUGCAUGUGAAGGACCAGCAUCACCACCUCCGUAACUGCCCGUGUGCCUGUGUCCUGCUCCCCCCCGCCCCGAGCUACUGACGUGCAGCCCCGCAUCACAGUGCAGGUGUCCGUAGUACAGCAGAGCCCAUGCGUGUCCGCAUAGUUCUCUGUCCAGUGCUUGUCACCACGAGGAGUGCGUUGUUUAAUCCGCAGAGCUGGAGCCGUUCCAGGGCUGGGGAGCGUCUGCAUGCGUGCACGGCGCCGUGCAGGCGUGCGGCGGAGCGCCGGUGACGGCCGAGACCUUGUUCACUCCAGCGAAGGCCGUAGCCCGCUCCCGGGGUGUGUAAAGAGGAGAGGUGGUCUCAGUUAAGGUGCGUUUCAGAUCUGUGGCAGGAACCAUACAUGCUGCCUGACGAAGCAAAAAUCACCAUUUUGACUACCACAAAGAAAUGUUAAAACACCACACAGGAUAUUAUUUUGGGCAUUUGAGAUUUUUUCUUUUCCUGAUGUGUGCAAAGUCUCAAAGUCAACUUUCUUUUAUAGUAAAAUCUAGACUAUAUUUUGAGGCAGUAAGUUACGUUUAUUGGCAGGCUUGUUUAGACACUCAGUGGAACAUUAAGGUGCAGUCUGAAGGCUUUAGUCCACAUGUUUUAUAUGCUGUGUUUUUAAACCGUUUGAAGGAGUCCUGUACCUGUACCAUGAAAACCAGGUCCUUUGGAGAUCCACUGUGUGAAGAGAGAGGUGAAAGUUAGUAGACAGCAUUGAAAGGGAGCGCAUCGUUUUCCCACUGCCAACACCUCUCCCCCGCCCCCAAACAUGAAAAAUUUGAAUCUGAAGUUCCUUAGUGUGUUUGAUUUUCUAAGUCUUCAUGGUUAUGAUUUGGAAUAAAAUGUGCCUAAUUCUCUAUUACAUUCUGUUCUUAAGUCUGAAUAUCCUCUCGUUGAAUUCUUAAGAAAUGUCACACAGGUGUCUUCAUUGACUUGAAGAAACUUAUAGUAUACAGAGUUGCCUUAUAAAUCAAAGAACACCACAGAUUUUUGCCUUGAUUUUUUUUAUAAGGAAGAGGUUUUGUCAAAUGUUUUUCUGAAGAUCCAGAUACUUUAAGGCGUGCCUCUGCCCCCUAAAUGUUAUUUUUAAUAGCCCAUAUCAUUGCUUACUGCCAAACAGUAUAUUACAUGGAAAUCUUCAUUUCUGUUGCGUUGUCUGGAAAGGGCGUUUGCUGUAGAGCACAACAGCAGCCAAAGAAGGCAUCAUGGAGUGAGAAAGUUUCGCCUUGCUUUGCUUUGCUUUGCUUUGCUUUGAAGCUGCAUGGGCGUGUGUUUCACACGGUGAAGACCCUCUGGUUAAACCCUGAAGGGAGGUUGUUGAGGAAAACCUUGUUCAGUUGUCGGUGGUGGUUGGUACCGAGUGGCAGGAAGUAGGGUUCCCGUAGAACCAGAAGUGACCAGAAGUGUUGACUUCGAUUGACAUCAGUCAGGUGCCCCGUAGUUGUUUGUAACAGGAAUGAGGAAAUCCUCACUUCCAGUAUGCACCCAGGUACUGGUAGCUAUGCUUUUGGUAAAAUGUAUUUUCAGCAUUAGUACACAUAUCCGGUCAUGCCUUCUUUAUAUGAAGAAUAAAGUUACCAAGUUAUGUUCUGUUAUGUUCUGAAGCUCAAAUCACUAUUUGAGAAAGCCUCAAAUUGGUGCUUUCAUCACAUAAUGAUACGCUUAGACAGAACCCAAACCAAGCCAUCUGAAGCAAGUCUCUUCACUGCAGUUUGUAGCGAUGUUAUUUCCGUGUAUGUAGUGAGAAGCCUACAUGUCAGUUAACUCCUAAUUUCUUGUUUGAAUCCAUGAAAUCCUGCCUGUAAAGCUCAGUCAAACAUUUGUAAUAAACUCCCAAUAAAUCUAGAUAACAUCACUGUUACCUAGUCAUUUCUUUUAGUUUUAAUUGAGGGUUCAAGAACGAAUUUUGCACGUGUCUUUUUUCAGUCAGAAAUCUGACUUUCUCUUUCCCGUCAUUUCAGUACAUACAGUUACAUUAAUCACAGGUGAUCUGUCCAUGUGUGUUUGCUGCUGAACUUUACUGCUUUUUUCUUUUUUUUUUUUAGUGAUAGGAUAGAGGUUGGCUUUUCAGUGUAAUACACGUGGGGAGGGGAGGGGAGGGGUCGUGUGAGUGGUGUGUACACGUCUCCACAUUCCAAAUGAAGCAGGUGAUGCAGUACAUACCUGUUAGUUUAUGGUACGAGGUUAGGGCUUAAAAGUUUAUACAGAGAUGAAAGUAUACGUCUAAACCUGAACAUUUUAAGCAAGUUGAACUUUAUGGCUCUUUCAAGUACCAUCAAGUUGAUAUUAGCCUUAGGCUGAGAAGUGAUUAUUAACAUAAUUUGAAGUACCGGUGUUUGUACCACUAGCAUUCUUAUGUCUGUACUUGAAUGUAUAGUUAGCAUUUAAAUAACUCUGUUCAUUCUUGUGGCAUCCGGUCUAACCAUCUGAUCUCAAAUGCCGGAGCUUAUAUGGAACCAAAAGUGUUCGUGAUAGGGCGGUGGUUUCUGGGUUGAUAAGAGAUUUUGCGACCUUCCCAAAAUCGCGCCACCUUUGAUGAUGAAAAUGUCCAGACGGAUGGAAGUGGGGACCCAGCAUGCACAUGUUUCAACCCGUGAAUGCCGAAGACGUAUGCUGCUCACGCGUCCUCUGGUUUGGGUCUGUCUUUGGAAAGCUUGUUUAUAUUUCUUGCCAUAGUAAGGGCUGCAUUUGUUCUCAAAUCGUGCCUGUCUGGUGGCUCCAGGAGAAAAACAGGGAGUGGGGAGCGGUUGGGGCUGAAUUCUUGGAAAGUACAUGCAACAAUGCAACAGACUAUGCCAUUUACGCGUUCUUUACCUCUUACUUGAAAGCAGAAUCGCAGUGUUUCAACGGCUUUUGUCUACUACUCAACAGCGGUGGAGCCAUUUACCACAGAAGCCUUAUCCAAAAGUCUAUUUUGUAACAACCUCAUAGAUACUGUACCUAACAAAACAUGACUUGUAUUAGCUCUGUAUGAAAAUGCUUGUGGCUUAGGAUUUUUUAUACUUGUAUCUUUUUAUAACUUUCCCAGAACUGAGCACAUAAUCUGCUAUUGUUGUAAAUUUUUUUUCCCUGUCAGUGCUUUAGUUCAGGAUUGGCGAUAAAUUAUUUCUACAGGAGGUCUGAGAAUGGAAAGAAUGGUUUGAUUUGAUAAAAAUGAGUUGCUAGUCAUCAAGGCUUUUUACUUUUGUACAUAUGUUGCAGAAAUUUUACCUCUUGCGAUUAAUAUUUGCUUUGUAAAAAUGACUGACUUUAAUAAACAUUUAUAAACUGUUCCAUAUUAUGGCGUUAUUUAAAUGAACUCUGUGAGUAAAUCUCCGUGUAAAGCGGACACUUAAGAUUUGAAAGCAGAAGCUGCACCCAGAGACUGAAGGCACAGCAGUCUCUCUUGUGUCAGCUCUCCAGCGACACUCUGCCUGAAUACUAGUCUGUAGACGUUUCUCGCUGAAGAUGGAGAUGUGAACUUCAAGAAACAGCCCCGAACACUUGUUUUGACAUGGGUGUGGGGAACGGGGAACAGCCACUUUUCUCUCUGCUGCUCUCAGAAGCGCUGAAAUCACCCCAGGGCGUCUCGGCUCACGCUUUGUCCACUUGCAGGCGUAAUGCUUGUACGUCUUUUGUAGUUGAAGUGGCUUUAAAAAAAAAAAAAAAACCCAACAUGUGACCACUCCCUUUCUUGUUUCAAGAAACUUUAGGAUUUUGAUUUACAGAAAAAUUCCAAAGGUCGUAGUUCCCCUGUACUCCACACUGUUGGCAAUGGUUUCCCCAUGUCACAUCGCGCAUUUGUCAAAAUUAAUGAACCGAUAUUGAUACUUU